AUGUCGCCGGAAUUAUCGGUCGAAAAGUCGUCGGCUGCCAUCAUUUUUUGCGUCGGUAAUGUGUCGGAAAGUGCGCGGAAAUGUUUCCGGCGCAUUAUAUGCGGCGGAAAACAUUUAUCGACGCGAGCUAAACUGGCGCAGGGAAUUCCGCCGGAAAGUGCGUCGGAAACCCAUAAUUCCGACGGAUAUCUUAUAACGCAAAGCAUGGCAUCGUUGAACGUCUUAUUAUCUCUCUGCGAACUUGGCUCCCAAGAAAGACCCAACCUUCCCAACAACUUCAUCUCGUGCUGUUUUGGUCCUCCUGCGUUGGCCAAAGGUGCACAAGGAUCCAAAUCACCACGUAAAAGAUCUAGAACUGAUGGAGCGGGGAAAAGCAUGGAAGAUUCAAUUCAACGAAAAUUGGAGCAGUUUUAUGAAGGAUCAAAUGGACCACCUAUACGUGUCCUUCCUAUAGGUGGUCUGGGGGAAAUUGGAAUGAACUGCAUGCUAGUUGGAAACUAUGACCGUUAUAUCUUAAUCGAUGCAGGGGUGAUGUUUCCUGAUUAUGAUGAGUUAGGUGUCCAGAAAAUUAUACCUGAUACUUCAUUCAUCCAAAGAUGGAGCCAUAAAAUUGAAGCUGUUGUUAUAACUCAUGGGCAUGAGGAUCACAUUGGUGCGUUGCCCUGGGUCAUUCCAGCUUUAGAUUCCCAUGCUCCAGUUUAUGCUUCCUCGUUCACCAUGGAGCUCAUCAAGAAGCGUUUGAAGGAGUCUGGAAUUUUCAUUCCAUCCAGACUUAAGGUAUUUAAGUGCAGAAAGAAAUUCCUGGCUGGACCAUUUGAAGUGGAGCCACUCCGAGUAACUCACUCUAUCCCAGAUUGCUGUGGUUUGGUCCUCCGAUGCAAAGAUGGUACAAUUUUUCAUACAGGUGACUGGAAGAUUGAUGAAUCUCCGUUGGAUGGGAACGUUUUUGAUCGUGAAGCAUUGGAGGAGCUUUCUAAAGAAGGAGUGACUUUAGCCUUGGAGAGUUUACCAAGGCGGGGCUGACGAUCUAGGACCAUG